CUUGCAGGUCAUCACUGCAGUGUGUGUGCCUACCGUCGUCCGUCUUUUCCGUCAUCGUGACUUGCGCUGCCCUCCGUCCGAUACAGCGAUUGAGGUUUUCUUUCAGUUCAUGAUGAAUCAUCGAGACUUUGUUGACGGGGGACAUCUUUCGGUUGUGAAAUCAAGACUUUUGACGAUGCUAGCUCAAACGAGUCAUGACAAAAUCAUGACAAUGGCGGCCAUUCACGGGUAAAAACAGCAUCGAUAAAUUGCAAACGCCGUCCAGCCGCUCUUGCCUGGAACAGCAACUGCAACAACGCGAGCUUUUCGAAACCCCCCACCCUCUUCGCUUCCUUCCUCACCCCAUCAGUCAGCCCAGCGCCAACAGAAGAAGGCGCACCCAGCCGCAAACCUGAGCCAUCCUUCAGUUGUGUUGAGGUUCAUUUCGUCAGUUCCAAUUCGAGGGGAAAUCAGGGAAGGCAGCAAAUGUGCUGGCUGGGUUCACUCCAGUCUCUCGGCAAACGAGGGCUUUGAGGUGUGGCAAUACAAACCGAAGGAUCGAGGGCGCUGACAUCAGAAAUGAAUCGAUGCAACUUGGAGACCGAGUGAGUGUCAAUAUGCGAGUCUGACGACAACCUCCGACUCCCACUCACUUCCAAAGGCUCACCACGAGGCUCGUCAUCAGUGGGAAACCUCUUCCCUUUUAUGGUUCAACUCCGUUUGCGCGACGGAAGCAGCAUGUCCAGAUCGACACUACAACGUGAGCACAUGAGUUGUGACCCGCGUGUGCUUGUUGCUGAUGAUGAGAGAUUCGACCUCGGUGCCAGAAUCUUCACCGCGGUGAGUUAGUCGGAGGAGGAACGUGACACAGGAAAGAGACCAAGGGCCCAUCGGCAAUAAACCAGAUGGCAUCAACUGACGAUAGCAAGUGGUCGCCUUGGCAGCUGACGGCCCCUCAUGUGGUGCUGCCUCGAGAACCCGACGCGCUUUCCAGUUUCAGGUGGACCACAGAUGAACCAGUCAGACUCGGUUGUCAACGCUGUUCUUGGCCAUCGGGGGCAGGGAACAUGGCGCCAAUGAAGCCUCAUGAGGCCUAACACCAGCGUGGGAUGGUCGCCGGCUGUCGCCCCUUACAAAUACUAUAUCCUGCUUCCCUGGCCAUCUUCUUCUCUUGUGUUGGAGGUUUCCCGGCUGAUGGCUCUGCGUUUUCGCAGUCCUUGAAUCAUCUGGUCGUCCGUCUCAAAGUCGAGAUAGACGAUGUGACAGGCGGGGGGCAUGGGCUGUGAGGCACUGCACUAACAUGGCAGCACCGCCCUCUUCGGGAAGUUGUGCUAGCUAGGCACCAGCCUCAGCUCACUUUGGUCAGGUCGGGUCAUCUCUUCUUCGUCGCGUUUCGAUUGAUGACUCUCUCCCCCCCUCUCUUACACUUUCCCCUCUUCUCUCUCGCCCUGUUCUGAGCUUCUCUGACCCCUGGCGCACACAUCUUGUCUGACAUUGCAAAGAAAACGGCCCGGAGCUCUUGUUCUUCCAUCUUGUUCGGCGAGGCUGAGACUAAGGUAUCCCAUCAGGAGGCUUGCUCUUCCACCUGCCCUCGUCUCGUCCGUUCAUCUGACAACCUAUUGAUGGUCAUUCUGCAACAAUAGCAAUUAUGGCUCCUUGAACACGACAAUAACUUGUUUUUGUCUUUUGCAGCCCGCUGAAUUUGUUGCAGCAGGGCUCUUGCUUGGUUCGCAUUUAGUCUGACCAACGCGCUUCAGUUCUUCUUUUCAGCGGUAGUCUGCCGAAUCACCUUGACUAUACUACAGCUGCCAUUCGCUCUAUCUGCGCUCUUCUAUACCACUUUACCACAAACCCGAUUUCCAUAGCCGCCUACCAGUUGGCUUGAUAGGACGCUUGAACCAUCAUUCAACCAGCACCAAGAUAUUGCAAUACCUUGUCCCUCGAUCCGUGCACCGGCCCGCGGCAUGGUUGACUCCAAGGAAACCUCCGAAUUCUCGGAGAAGACGGAGGCCUUCUCCCAGUCCGAGAUUCUGGCGCGGUUUCGAGAAGACCGCCGCGAGAGGGAAGAACUUCAACUUGCCCUCAACAGCACCGUCUCGCUCGAUAGCCUAGUUAUUCCGCCGGAUGAAGACAUUCGAAUUCUUUUCAGGCCGCCCCGGGGGCGACCGGUCAGUCCAGGUAGCUUGGAGAACUGCAGGUGGCUAGCUCUGCGCGCCGAGGUUGCAGGAAAGGACCAGGAUCAACACAAGGUGCUUGCCGUUACGCAAACAUCCCGGGAUAUCAAGUUCUCUGUCCGAAUCCCCGGCAUGCUGUGGUGCGAGCUCUAUUAUGAUCCGGCCAGCGAUAAGCUCAUCCUUGUCAAUCGUUCCAAUGCUCCAUUCAUCCUAUCCCGUGCCUCCACUACCGUUUCAGGGGAUAACGAGGAAUACGAGGUCAAUCCAGGCUUCAAUAAAGACGUCUUUCCGGGCACCUGGCGAAUCAGGUUCUACAAUUCCGAUGUGCUUGACUUUCGUAUCCUUGAGAAAAAGCCAACGCUUUUCCGGAUUCCAUCUAUCGAUUCAUCAACUUCAUGCCAGCUCGUGAGAAAGCGCUCCUAUGUGGGUGAUGACGAAGAUGAAAUUUCGAGCAACAAGAAGCCUCGAGGAUCCGAGGACAUCGAAAUCAAGAAAGAAGACACCGACAUUAAGGAAGAUGGCGUCAUCAUGUUCUUGCCAGCAAAGACGAAGCCGCUCGUUCUUCCAAGCCUGACUGGGGAGAAAAAAGAACUCGUCUCCGCGAACGGCAGAAGAGAGCUGAUUGCAUCCGACGGAAACCUCCUGCAAAUUCAACCUGACGAGACGGUCCAAGUGACCGGCGGCGAGCUUGACGAGUAUACACUCACAAAGAAGUCGGAUAUUGCCUCGUCAAGCCUAUCGAGCGUUUUUACCGCCGACCACUCAAAUGUGCCAGAUGGAGUUAUUGUGGUAAAGGUGCUUAAGACCCGCACUCCCGCCACCGUCAACAACAUGGCUAUGGAAUCCAGGAACGUGAUCCAUCAAGCCGAUGUCUGGCUUCGGGAGCUUCAGUACCAGGAGAAGCUCCAGCACAAGAGUAUCGUACGUCUAUACGGCGGCGACGCUCGCUUCCUCUCUCUGUACAUGGAGCACGUUGAUGCUCGAGAUCUAGGAUCCAAGGGAAUGUGGCGACGAAUGAACGACCGGUUUGCCGGUGACCGAUCAGACGCAAAGCGCAUCGUCCGGGACAUUGCCAGUGCCCUGCAGUACAUCCAUGGACGCGGUCUAGUCCACAAUGACAUCAAACCCGCCAACAUUCUCUACAGCAGAGAGCGUGGUGCCGUCCUGUGCGAUCUAGGUCUAUCUACCCACGCCAGGGAUCCCCCUUCAAUCGGCGGUACACCAUGGUACAUCCCACCAGAAUUCAUUGCCCUAAAACAACGCGGAGCACCCAGCGAUGUUUGGGCCCUGGGGGUAACCAUGCUGUACGUCAUGGGGAAGAUCGCUUUCCCGGACGCCCGUGGCAACAGAGCGCAUCCCCAACAUCUUCACUGGCUUAUUGCCAAAGUUCACCCAAACCCGCGCGAUCGGAACCCUCAGCCGAGCGCGGUUAAACACAUGCAGCAAUGGCUGGGUGAAGUCAACAUGGCUCGUGCACAGCUCGAUACGCGAGAUGAUCAAGAGAGGCUAGUGUACGAUAUGCUAUCACCAAAUCCAAACCAGAGAAUCACGAUGAGGGAGAUUGUGGCGCGAGUCCACGACCAAAUGCCAGAGAAAUGAGAGAGUACGAUAAAUGAUAUAUCGUGAUAUCUACACUGAAAUAGAUACCUGUAUCUACGCACUACUUGGAUUGAAAACGAGGAGCAUUUCAUAUCAUCUCACACUUAUUAGAAUCUUGUAUUUUCAAACUCAAGCUCGCAAUUUCCGUGGCAUCAUCAACAAAAACCCGAAGCCCGUUCCCCGUUUAUAGCACCAUACCAGUCACAAAGCUCAACGCCAUACCCACAGCGGCUGUGAGAGCGACCUUGUUCAACCCAACGAGCGAAGCACCACUCUUCUUGUCGUCUGCGCUCUCGCCGCCUUCGGUGCUAUUGCCGCUCGGCCCCUUGACCUGAACAAACGACACCUUAUCGUCAGUCUUGCACUCAUCCUUCGACAGCGUCGACGCGUUGUCGCGGAACCUAAUAUCGGCGCACUGUUAUCACUCCUGAUUAGCGUAUUUUCUUUCCCACUCAUCACCUUCUUGCCCCUUCCAGAAGCCGAAUGAAAGGAAAAACUCACGUUAUACAAGGCACUGCCACUCGCCCCCACCGUGACAACCUGGAUACUUCCCUCCUGGCCAUCCGACAUAGUCAAGCCCUCGGGAAGCGGCAAGUCAACGCAGAGCGUACCCGCUCCCGAUACGUUCCAGAACGUGGGGCCGGUGAGGGUGUAGUUGAAGUUGGUCACGUUGGCGCCCAGACCGAGGUUGAUGAACAGGUACUCCCACGGGUGGUGCAGAUCGAGCUUGACGCUGCCGCCUUUAAGGGGCCAGUCGGUGCGGUUACCGGAGGUGGAGGUGGCGGGGGGGACGCCGGCGCCUAUGGAUGGGGAAGGUGUGUUAGUUUUCUCAAAUUUGAGGUGGGAAGAGAGGAAGGAAAUGAGGGGAGAGGGAUGGAUCAAGCUUACACGGGUAGUUCCAUUGGGAGUAGUUGGUGCCAGACUCCAGGGUGUUGGCGCGCCAGACGGGGUAUUCGAGGUUGAAGUGGGCGGAAGCGAGAGGCGCGAUGGCCGCUGUGAGGAGGAGAGUUGCUGAAACCAUUUUCGUUGAUGUUCGCUGAUUGCGUUGAUGGUUGUCGGCGCGUGUCGCUUAAGGAUCGAAAUUAUUUCAAAGUCGCGGGGCUUUUCGGGAAGUACGUGCGUAACCAGAUAUUAUUAAAUGGUUUGUUGGUUUUGUUUGAUUAUCGCCGGUUGAUAUAUCCUCAAUCCGGUGGACGGUUGAAAAGCACGGGCGAGUCGAGGAAGGGGGGGAAGACCUUGAAAGGUUGUGUGCGAAGGGAAAAGAACACAGCUUUUUAAUACCUCAGGCUUCCAUGUUUCGUUGUACAUAAUCUAGUUACUCGCGCUUUCUGAUUCGAGAAUUGACUGAUAAAUCUCCCA